AUUCAACUUAGUAAAAAAACACCUGUUCUUAAAAAUGAAGAAAAAAGAAAAAACAUAUUUACACUUUCAAAAUACAUCUUCACAUAGUCUCUACCUCCUUCCUUCUUCUUCAUCUUCACAAAUACUUUCAACUACUAUCACUAUUUUCAACGGCACAUGAGAUUUCGCCAGUUGGCGAAACGGCACACGACAUUUCGCCAGUUGGCGAAACGGCACAUGACAUUUCGCCAUGGCGAAUUGUCUUUUGGCGAAUCGUCUUUUGGCGAAACGAUUUUUUACCGAUAUGAUUAAUGUUAACCGCUAGGCGUGAUUAUAAGAGCGAAAAAAUCUAAAAGCAUAUUUUUGUUAAUAAGUUUUCGAUAAACCCUUUUUGGAAAACCUCAGGGUUUUUCUACAAUUUAUUUCGAAAUCUCCUAUAAACAGGAUAUAGAAUAGCUUAAGUACUCUACAUUCUGAAGUUUUGAGCCUGUUCUGAUGUUUCUUGAGUGAAUAGUGAAUUUUUUAAUAUUAGGCGAAAACAGCCUGAAAACCCUAAUUUUCGUAAAACUGGCUUUUCGAGAGAUUCUUAAAACUUUUUCUAAAAACAAAUAUUACCGAGAGACUCAGCAUGGUCGAUUACCCAUAUUCCAUCCGUUUUUAAGGCUACCAAGAGUCACCUGGUGCCAGUCCUGGGACUCGUCGGAAAUCCGAUAGAACGCCCAAAUCGAACAAAAUCAAGGUCUCACUUUACCUCUCUGGGGUGUUUUGAAGAGAACACCCCAUGCUAUCAGCGCAUGAAAAAAAGCCAAUACAUUGCAAUGUGAAUUUCGGCAAAUCCAAGCUAGUUUUUCAAAGAUUUUCUGAAAAACUCGGCUCAGAAGUUUUUCCAAAAUUCGCUUUAGCUCAAAGGAAUAUGUGGUCAGGUAUCUAGUUUUUAAAAAUGAAAAUCGCAAGUCUCUGUCUAUGUUAUUCAAAAAACAUCCACGUGCCUUGACUUCUGGAACUGAUAAUAGUAAGCUAUUCAUAUUUAUAUUGUUUCUUAAAAAUACUUUUCCCUUAUGAUAUUUUGCUCUAAAUUUGGCAAUAUCAAUGACAAGUCGAACAGAAAGAAGUUAAGUUUUUACAGUUUUUCCACGUGUUCAAGUCAGUCUUUGAAACAACUUCAGAAUGACCGAUAAUAGUAAGAGAAAAAAACACAAAAUAAACAAACUGAUUCGGUACUCAAAUCCUAGUUUGUUUUAAUAUUUACGCUAACCAUCGUUUCUCAAUGUUUUAAAUUGUGUCUGUAAACAAAAGUGAGAUGAUAUUUUUCACCAAUUGUUCAUAGUGACUCUCUAGAUGAUUUUAAUAACUCUUUCCUUCAUCUGCUCAAAAUAAGACUAUAGCAAAGUUUAAGUUAUUUUGAAUGACAGCGAUGAUAUUUUCUUCUCAUCGUGUUUAGAUAUUAGUGUAGGUUAUUUCUAUUUGAAAGUCAAAGAAUAUAUGAAAAAAUUGAAUUUAUUUAAAUUGAUUCCACCAGCUGAUGAUGAACAUGAAAUAAAGAAUGAAUCAGUAUCUACACAUUUAUUUAUUUUAUUAUUGUUUAUAUCUGUUGUUAUACUGUUUUCAUAUACAUCAUUAAGUAAUGUAACACAAACUGGAACGAUUAAACAACCAAAUACUGAACAAUAUUUAGACUUGUAUGACAAAUAUCCUCACAUCUUAUCUGGUACUUUUUCUGGUUACGGUAGUCGAUCAUUCGAAAUGUUGUCCUCACUUUGUCAAUUAAUUAAUUCUGCUAUUAAUAAUGAACUAAACAUAUUUGAUUCAAAUGUUUAUGUUAGUUCAACGGUGGCAUCAAAAAAUUUAGUUGAAACACAAAUUAAUUCAUCGAUUAAUUUGUUUAUAAUGACAACAGCGAAUCAAUUUACAACGUCAUUAGAAAUAAUACGUGAUAUAACAAAUGGUAAUGCGCUCGUAUCAGGUGAAUGGACAAACUUUAAUUUUUGGUACGAUACUUCGCUUCAAAUGACAACGGCAUUCUCAUCGGCAUAUUCUAUUGUUGAUGGUGAACCUUGUCUUUGUUCAUCUUCUGUGUUAUGUAAAGAUGACUGUCAACUUUUCAAUUUUAUCACAGAGGAAAUACUAUAUCUUAUACCCGGAUUUUAUCAUGGUUGUUUUGUUGUUCAAACAUUAUUACAAUAG